ACAAAACCAGCAUCCAUCUGCAGACCUUACCUCAGGUCUGCUGUUGCUCGUCCAUGGCUGCGCACUGAGCAUGAAGGUGCUGAAUCUUCCGACUCUCUAAGCGUAAUAGCGCUAUUGAAAAGCGUGUAAUAUAUUCUAGCGCUCUGGUGCUCGGACAUUGGACCGAUGGCUAGCUCCGUCGGAAUGGCGUCGCUGGGCAAUUCAUGCACCGUUGCAGUAUCGUCCAUCUGCACCCCUCGCAGGCCUCGUAAAGUUCAGGCGAAUGUCGGAUGGGCCAGCAGCAGCCUUCUAUGUCGCACCAGUCGAUCGACGCCAGCCGCUGUGUCUCGAGUGGCUCGAUUCCCUUCGGUUCAGUGCGGCAGCAGCCCCACCCCCCGCCGCGACGGCGCAAGCAUCUCCACGGACGACAUCCCCGCAGCCACCGCCAAGCCCACCCGCUCGGCCAGGGCUCGCAAGGAUGCUGUUAGCGAGACAGCUACUGACGAGGACAACGGCAGCGCUGUUGAGAAAGCCGACCCCAUUCGCCGACGCACCCGCGCGAGCAGCAGCAGCAGCGGAGCUAAGGACAAGAAGAGCAAGAAGGGCGCAUCUCCGGCCAAGGCCGGCGAAGACGCGGACGAGCAGGCGGGAGGGGCAACCGGCGGGGACAGGAGGCGGAAGAGCAAGGCGCUGAGCGAGAACGAGGGCAGGCUGGCGCAGCUGCGGGAGGAGCUGCAGAAGGCGCUGGAGGAGCGGCAACGGCUCGCGGCGUUGCUGCAGGGGAAGGCGGAACCGGAGGAGGCGGCACCGGGGCAGGCUACGCGCACGCCCGUGGGGGAGAGGGCGACUCAGGCGAAGGAGGAGGCGGCGGCAGCAGCGGUGCGGAAGGCGGCCGCGGAAAGGGCGCGAGACGAGGCGUUGGCGCUGAAGAAGGAGGAGGAGGCGCUGAGAGCGGUGCAGGCGGCGGAGAAGGCGGAAAGGGAGGUGGCGCAGGCGCGGGCGCGGGAAGAAGCCGCGGCUGAGACGCGUGAAGUCGCAGCAGCGCGCGCGCGCGAAGAGGCGGAGGCGAAGGCGGCCGGGGAAGCAGCAGCGAGGGCGAGUCGAGAGGCCGCCGCGCGGGCACGGGAGGCGGCGGAGGAGCGCGCGAGGGCGGAAGCCAUGGCGAGGGAGCGGGCGGAGGCGGAGGCGAAGGCGCGCGCGGAAGCGGCGAGCAUGGUGGAGCUGCCGCGGCGGGAGCAGCUGCGGAAGCUGCAGGAGGAGCACGAGUUCAUCGCCGCCAAGAUGUUCUUCUACCCCGGGCAGGCGCAGCCUGGCAAGCCCGUGGAAAUCUUCUUCCACCGCCCGGCCAGCGUGCUGAAGGACAAGUCGGGCGUGAACGUGGUGGGCGCGUUCAACAACUGGCAGUGGCAGCCGUUCAAGGCCGAGCUCAAGCCGUCCACCGAGGUGGGCAACGACUGGUGGACGUGCGUCAUCCAGGUCCCGGCCGAGGCGUACCAGGCGGACUUCGUGUUCCACAGCAACGACAACGUGUACGAGAACAACGACGGGCACGACUUCUACUUCGCCGUGACCGGCGGCAUGGGCGAGGAGGAGUUCCACACCAUGCUUAACGAGCGCAAGCGGCAGGAGGCGGAGAGGGAGGCGGCGGAGGAGGCGGAGCGGGAGAGGCGCGCGGAGGAGGAGCGCAGGGCCGCGAAGCUGAAGGCGCAGCAGGAGGCGGAGCGGAAAAAGGCGCGCGACAUGGCGAACGAGGCGCGGAACAGGCUGGGGGAGAUGCGGCGCACGUGUGGCACGAGUCUGGAGGGCGUGUGGCGCGUGGAGGAGGUGGGGGGGGCGGGGGGGGGAGAGCGCGUGGUGCGGCUGCUGUAUAACAGGGCGGGGCGACCGCUGGCGGGGAGUGGCGCGGUGUGGGUGCAUGGCGGGAUCAACGGGUGGCAGGACGGGCUGUCCGCCACGGGCGAGCUGAAGGCAGACAACAAGGACCAUGGCGACUGGUGGUCCAUACAAUUGACGCUCCCCCCCGACGCGGUGGUGCUGAACUGGGUGAUGGCGGACGGACCGGUGGGCGGGGCGCGCGCGUACGACAACAACGGGCGCAAGGACUUCGCGGCGAGCGUGGCGAGCGACGAGGAGGCGCGGCGGUACUUCGACGCGCUGGAGGAGACGGUGCUGGCCCGGCUGGAGAAAGAGCGCAUCGAGAGGGAGGAGCGCGAGGCCAAGGAGGCGGUGCGACGUGGGGAGCUGAAGGCGGCCAUGAAGCGGCGCACCAAGGAGGCGUUCCUGCAGUCGCAGGCGCACGUCUUCUUCACCGAGCCUGCCGAGCCGCGUGCGGGCGAGACGGUGCGCGUCUUCUACAACCCCAGCAACACCGUGCUGCACGGCCGGCAGAACGUGUGGAUGCGGGGGUCGUUCAACCGCUGGACGCACCGCACCGGGUGCUUCCUGCCCGUGCACAUGCAGCCGGCCGCCAACGGCACGCACCUCGUGGGCGAGGUGACGGUGCCCAUCGACGCGUUCAUCAUGGACCUCGUCUUCAUGGACAGCAGCGACCCCAACGUCGCGUCCUACGACAACCGCGGCGGGCUGGACUACCACGUGCCCAUCACCAACAGCACGGCCAAGGAGCCCCCGCUCUACAUCACUCACAUCGCCCUCGAGAUGGCGCCCAUUGCCAAGGUGGGCGGGCUGGGCGACGUGGUGACGUCGCUGUCGCGAGCCAUCCUGGAGCUGGGCCACAAGGUGGAGGUGGUGCUGCCCAAGUACGACGUCCUCAAAUACGACAAUAUCCAGGACAUGCAGGACCGCGGGUCGUUCGCAUGGGGCGGCACCAACUGGCGCAUGUGGUUCGGCUACGUGGAGGGCAUCGGCGUGCACUUCCUCGAGCCCGAGAACGGCAUAUUCUGGGUGGGGUGCAUCUACGGACGCAAGGACGACGGUGCGCGCUUUGGCACCUUCUGCAAUGCUGCUCUGGAGUUCCUUGUGCAGACAGGCCGCCAGCCGGACAUCAUCCACUGCCACGACUGGUCGUCAGCGCCGGCGGCGUGGCUGCACGCGGAGAGCUACAAGCAGUACGGGCUGGGCAACGCGCGCACCGUCUUCACCAUCCACAACCUCGAGUUCGGCCAGGCGCUCAUCGGCCGCGCCAUGGCCGCCUGCAACAUGGCCACCACUGUGUCGCCCACGUACGCGUGGGAGAUAGGGGGCCACGGUGCGGUGGCAGCGCACCGGGGCAAGUUCCACGGCAUUCUCAACGGCAUCGACCCGGACAUCUGGGACCCAAUGACCGACCCCUUCAUCCCAAUGCGGUACUCCGCGGAGGAGGUGGUGGAGGGCAAGCGCGCGGCGCGGGACGAGCUGCGGCGGCGGCUGAACCUGCGGUUUGAUGACCGGCCCGUGGUGGGCAUCGUGACCAGGCUCACCGCGCAGAAGGGCAUCCACCUCAUCAAACACGCCAUCUGGCGCACACUGGACCGCGGCGGGCAGGUGGUGCUGCUGGGGUCGGCGCCCGACCCGCGUGUGCACAGCGAGUUUGAGCACCUGGCGGGGCAGCUCAACAACUCGCACAACAACAUGCAGCGCCUCUGCCUCUCCUACGACGAGCCGCUCUCCCACCUCAUCUACGCUGGGUGCGACAUGAUCCUGGUGCCGUCCAUGUUUGAGCCGUGCGGCCUCACGCAGCUCAUUGCCAUGCGCUACGGCGCCGUGCCCGUCGUCAGGAAGACAGGAGGGCUGAACGACACGGUGUUUGACGUGGACAACGACCACGACCGGGCGAGGGCGCACAGCAAGGAGGUCAACGGCUUCUCCUUCGAGGGCGCCGAUGCUGCCGGCCUCGACUAUGCGCUCGACAGAGCCAUAUCCGGGUGGUACGACGGGCGGGAGUGGUGGAACGGGUUGGCCAGGCGGGUGAUGGAGCAGGACUGGACGUGGAACAGACCCGCGCUUGACUACCUCGAGCUCUACUACGGCGCUAGGAAAUGACCUCAGCAUUGCACUAGGAAAUAAGGAAGCUGUGAAAGAGAAGCAUUGUGUGCAUCUCUACUUUGAAACUGUUUUGCCACGAGUUUCCUGCCUUGUUGAGUUGUUUCGUGGCCUGAUGUCUAUUGGGCUGAGGCCAACUUUGUGAUUGAAAGAGCACCACUUUGAUGUACCGUAUUCUCCCGGAUACAGUGCCCGCCGGAAUUAAGCUCCCAUGGGUGGCUUGAGCGGGUAUGG